CAGAGUCUGCAAGCGUCACAGAGUCCUGCGGCGACGGGCGGCGCAGGCGCGCAGCAGGCGGCAGGAGCGACACAGGGCGCGCUGGUGCCGCCGCAGCAGCCUUCGCCGCGGGCCGCAUCCCCACAGCACAAGAACAUGGAGCUCGCACUCUGUCAAAGCAUGGACUCCGUCAACACUGCCACCACUGAGGAAGAGGUGCGGACGCUGUUCGUGAGCGGGCUGCCCAUGGAUGCAAAACCACGGGAACUCUACCUGCUCUUUCGAGCAUAUGAGGGUUACGAGGGUUCGCUACUAAAAGUCACCAGCAAGAAUGGGAAAACAGCUUCGCCGGUUGGAUUCGUCACUUUCCACACAAGAGCCGGCGCAGAAGCAGCUAAGCAAGAUCUUCAGCAGGGCGUCCGGUUCGACCCCGACAUGCCGCAAACGAUUCGGCUGGAGUUCGCUAAAAGCAACACGAAGGUCAGCAAGCCGAAGCCGGCAGUUGCCACAGCCGCGCCAGCUGCACACCCCGCAUUGAUGCACCCACUCACUGGACACCUAGCGAGUCCGUUCUUCCCGGGCGGCGGCGCGGAGCUGUGGCACCACCCGCUGGCGUACGGCGGCGAGUUGCCAGCGCUGUCCCACGGACUGGUGCAUCCCGCCAUCCACCCGCAGAUGGCGCCCACCCCCCUGACGCUGGGCGCGUGCGUGCUGCCAGCGCCGGCGCUGGGCUCGCCGGGCGCGGCGGUCCCCGGCGUGCCGGGCCACGCGCCCGCGCAGCACGCGCACCACGCCGCGCACCCCGCACACGCCGCGCAUGCGCAGCCGCCCUGCUCCACCCUCUUCGUCGCCAACCUCGGCCAGUUUGUCUCCGAGCACGAGCUCAAGGAAAUAUUUAGCAGCUGCGCCGGGUUCACGCGACUGCGGCUGCUGAGCGGCUCCAACGGUGGCAGCAGCGGGCCGGUAGCCUUCGUGGACUUCGCGGCCCCCGCCGACGCCGCCGCCGCCAUGGCGCGCCUGCAGGGUGCCCUGCUCCUCAGCUCCGAGGGCGCCAUCCAUCUUGAAUACGCCAGGCAUAAGAUGGCACACAACGGCUGGAUUCUCGCACAUGAAGGAGCCAAAGGCGGAGAAGAGGGCGAACAGCAUUAGCUCGUUCGUGGCUCUCGGCACUUGACAACCAGCUAACUGAGGGACGCGCAAUCUUGAUCCUCUGCAUCGCAUCGGAACUGUACUCCCAGGAGACGGAGCGAACACUACCUACAGCUACAGCGCGUGUCAACACUGCGGAUAACAAUGGAUCAAGAUGUACGGGUCACCGAUGACGACCCUCUCGUAAGAUAAGUAGGUCGCUCUAUCUCCUUCUCACUUAUGUUUCCGUCUCAAUAGCGUCAGAGGUGGUGUGGUGUAUCUUUUCGUUUAUUAUACCAAAUUUAGUAUAAAGGGUUAUUGUAUUAUUAUUAACAUUCCAGGUUAUUGUUUACCGUUCAUAAAAUAUUAUUAUUUGAAAUUAUUAAUUUCAUAGAAAUGUAAUCUGUUUAUUUAAUAUUAUUCAUUUUUAUUGUGUAUUAUACGAUUUAUUUACAACUAACUUAUUGUACGGGAAUGUUUGUAUAUUCGUUUCUACAAGGCCGAUGUAUACAACUGAGAGGAUUUGUUAUGAAUAUAGUGUAUUACCAGAAAUUAAACAUUUUAGGAUAAUAUCUCAUUCGAAUAAGCUAAAAACCAAAGGUGCCCUUCAUAGAAAGAUUACGUUUUGUUAAAUAUAAUAUUUCAAGUUGAAUGAUUUUAAUGAAGUUGUAUGUAAUAAUUACGAUACUUUUGUUUUAGCCUCGAUAAUGUUAGUGUAUUAAAUGAAUUUCAUGACUAUUUCAAAUUAUAUUUACCUAAUACUUACUUUCUUAGUAAUUUUUAUAAUGUUCAAUCACUCGUUAAAGCGCUGGCACUCUAGUGUUGGUCUUACGAUCCUUUCUACCUAUAACUGGAAUUAUUGCAAUAAUGAUAAAGAUUGUGUGUGGGGGACUGGUACUGAGGUGUAUACUGGUGGUACCAGCCAGUUGGUAGGGUAGCGGUAAGCGGGUGCUGGGUCGAGCAGCCGCGCGAUACGGCACGCGGCCCUCAGUGCGCAGGAGUGCACCUCGCUGAACUCAGUCGCGACUCGCAUCGCGCCGCUCUCCUUCUGCGGGCUCCUUUCCUUCUACGUCUGUUUUAUACGACAACACACCAAUAUUUCUUGUGCCUUGCGAAGUUUCUCCUAAAUUUUCGAUACAAGUUAAACCUUGUGAUUUGGACCCCUUGUUCCGGGCCCGCUCGGACGGCCCUAGUUGUCUUUACGGUUAGUGUGCGAUGCGAUACUAUCGAGACCAGUUCAGUCUUGUUGCGAGAAUUUAGCCUUGGCCUUAUGAGAGUUUAAUAACUAAAUGUAAUCAUUAUAUUAAUUAAUUGUAAUUAAAUAUUUGGCGACGAGCGCGCCAACGCUGAAUAGUGAAACAAUUAUUCUACUAUCUGCAUGCUUUGACGAGCUUUUUGGUAAUAAUCUAAUUUAAAAUUUAGUAGUUACUUUUUAUUGUGUAAUCGUUAGGUCAAUACUAUAACUAGAUAAGGGUAUUUAUUGUAGAAAAUCAGCAUAGUUACAUUACUAUUUAAUGAAAGUUAUUCAUACAUAAUAAUGAAACAAUGUAAUGAAAUUUAAAUUUACUGAAGUGUUAGGGUAAUCAAAUGGAAGAUUAAUAUAUUUUUUAUUUUUAGCUAGUUGACUAUCGCAUACAGAGGAAUACUUAGUUACCUAUCAAGUUGCAUGCGGCGCGCGGCGUCGCGCGUCGCGUAACGCCGGGCGUAACUACGCAGUACGCUACGAGCACACUGUACAACCGUGCGAGCGAGAUAGCAAUAAACCAAAAAAUGAAAUCUUAAUGUUAUUGUAGGUAGUGACGUAUUCUGCUGAUGAAAACAUGUAAAAAUUAUACAAAAAAAAAAGUAAAAAAAAAUCCCUGCUUAGGCUAUAAUAAUAAGGUUUUGGAUAUUUGGGUUAAAUGUUGAAGCGACAAAAUAUAUUAUACGAGGUAUUCACGACGGUACGUCGCCGGAGAUUCCGCAUGUGAAUUCUUAUGAAAAUCUCUUAGUCAAUAUAUGAUAGAAAUUUCGUCAAUUUUUGACUUAGCAAAAUUUUAUACGUUGUUUAUAAUAACUAAACUUUCACAAUGUACCGAACGUCGUGGCGUAAAGACCAAAGAUAAAGGAUAUACAAUAUAAUUUUAAUACUAACCUCAGACCGUACCAAACUUAUAUUUUGUAGGCAAAUGUACUGGCAAUAAAGUUUUGUAAAAAGACGCGAAACAUUGUUGAAAUUCCAAAAGUAAUCUGGCUAUUCAGGACAAAAAUAUGAAAAUUACCAUCAAAUGAUAGGUUGUAUCUAAUCCCUGCACUGUGUGGAUUACGCACACAGUGCAGAAUUAAGAUGCCUUUACACGUUUGCACGUUAUUUGUCAUCUCACUAGAACCAAAUAUGUUACAUAACACUGUUAACUAUGUUUCUAUUUAUCUACGUUUUUAAUUAAAUAUCACAAAUGUUAAUAAUACCCACUGAACAACAUGAACAACAAAUUUUAUGUAAUUUGUGUAAAAUGUCAGAUUCUCUUAUAUUCGUCAUACAUUGUCGGUUUAAUAGUUAAGCUAAGUCAAUGUUUACUUAUUUUAUUCGAUAUGUAAUGCUAAUUCGUAUGUAAGUAAUUGUGUAAUAAUGUAGUAGUGAUCUCCCAUACCUUCGGCGUCGGUGUACUCGACCGCAGACUAAAAUACAACGAAAAGUUAGAUUUUUCUUUUCUGUUGUCUUGGUGUCUUUCAAUGGCUUUAGCGAAUUAUAACGAAAAAGCUCUCUUGCAAGAAUGAUCUGAUAUAGAUAUCUGAAGCCAUUGAAAUACUAGACGUUUGGUUUGCACGUGAUCGCCGCCAUCUUGUUGCACGACUGUUGCGCAUAGAGCGGCGCAGCGUCAAGAUGGCGCGGGCGUGGACUGCGCGAGAGUCGCCGCCGCCGCCAUGAUUCCGUCCAACAACCGUAGAUAGCGAGUAAGAGACGUCCAGUGGCUGCGGACACGGCUACGUCACCUUUUGCGGGACUACUCGAUACAUAUCAUCGUGUAAUAUUAAUGUGUAAUUAGAAGUAAAGAGCGGUUUCAUAGAGACGUUUAUUCUGUAUUAUCGUCUACUACUUAUAAUGCAAUCGGCUGUAUGUCACGCUAAAUUCGAAAUUUGUUUUAAUGAUGUUUAUCACUUGGCAAUUCGGAUCCUCUGAAAGUAACCUUCGCUUGCGUGUAGCUCCAGUUGAUUUACCUCUCGGCAUCGAACAGACGAAGCGUAAAAGCUAUAUUUUGUUAACGUUUACUGUGAAAUCGGGUAGACGGAGUGGUUAGAGAUGGUCAGUAACGACCAGCGAUGGUCGUGGUGGUGAGUAGGAGCCGCGCGCGUGACAUUGGCUCGCAUGUGAUAGGGUAGAGUAGGGGUGUAGCAUCGCCUUGCAAGUUAGGUUAAGUGAAGCGGUAACAAACAAACGCCGUGCAUCGGAAACAUAUCAAUUCUGUGCCCCUUAAUAAAUUUAGUUAAAUACUAAUCUAAGAGAUACAUAUGAAUAGAAUAAAAGAAACAAAAUAAUCGUUUGGAGUAUCAAAUACAUACUAAGUGUUGUUUUCGUACGUUGACGAAAUAAUAAUGUGAAUUAGAUUGUGUUUAUAAUGGAUCAUUACGCAUAGUACCCGAGUAGUGUCGCGCAAGUUUGGAUUUACUUUAACUUAUCGCUGCAUAGAUUUUAAAUGUUAUUUUUAUUGUUAUUUU